AUGUCAAAUGCUCCCUCAAUGAAAAAUUUUGAAGAGAUUCAAUACGAAUUAGAACAGAUAAUUUCCAAAUUGAAUCAGAAUUUGGAAACGAAGGACGAUCUAAUUCAAAAUCUGGAAAAUCGAAUAAAACUGAUCACUCAAAAUUAUAAAGAAUCUGAAAAUUAUUUAAAUGAAAAGUUACAGGACAUCAAAGAUAGUGCGGAUAAAAAAGAAAAAGAAUAUAGCGAAUUAGAGAAUUGUUAUAGAACUAUCGUGAAUGACUAUGAAAAUCUAAAUGUUAAUUAUAACGAUUUGCAAGAGAAAAUGAGAAAUUCCGAUAAUCUUCUAAAAGACAAAGACGAUCGAAUUGAUAAUUUGGAAAAUGAACGCGUUUUGUACAUCGAGAACACGAAUAACAUGAAAACAAUUUUGCUUAAAGACAUUGAAACUCUCAAGUCUGAAAUAAACGUUUUGGAAGAAACUAAUAGAGUAUAA